AUGUCGGGCGCUCCUGACCGAGAGGCCGUGUUUCCUACGCGCCAGUCGCUGGGAAUUAUGAAGGCAAAGCUUAAGGGAGCUGAGACGGGUCACAGUCUGCUAAAGAGAAAGAGCGAGGCUCUGACUAAACGAUUCCGAGAGAUUACGAGACGGAUCGACGAGGCCAAGAGAAAGAUGGGACGUGUAAUGCAAAUCGCCUCAUUCUCCUUGGCCGAAGUUACGUAUGCCGUGGGUGGUGAUAUCGGCUACCAGGUCCAGGAGUCCGCGCGGUCAGCUCGUUUCCGCGUGCGUACCAAGCAGGAAAAUGUUUCGGGUGUUCUGCUUCCCGCCUUUGAGAGUUACGUGACCGAAGGGAACAACGACUUCGGCCUGACGGGACUGGGCAAGGGUGGCCAGCAGGUCCAGCGCUGCCGCGAAACAUAUGCCCGUGCCGUUGAGGCACUGGUUGAACUUGCGAGUCUCCAGACUGCCUUUGUAAUCUUGGACGAAGUUAUCAAGGUAGUCAACCGACGUGUGAAUGCGAUCGAGCAUGUCAUCAUUCCGAGAACAGAGAACACUAUCAAGUAUAUCAACUCAGAACUUGACGAGGUGGACCGAGAAGAGUUUUACAGAUUGAAAAAGGUAGCGAACAAGAAACAGAGGGAUACGGCGGCCGCAGACGCAGAGAUUACGGCCAAAAAGGCUGCCAAUGCGACAGGGGAGAGGGGUGACUCGUCUGGGCCAAACGACCUUCUUGCGGCAGAGGAGGACAAUGAUGUUAUUUUCUGA